UGGUGAAUUUUUUUUUUUGAAAGGAAUUAAUUAUGAUCAUCUUAUGAUUGAUUUUAAUUUCAAAAUAAAAUCAUUAUAAGAAGAAAGAAAUAUAAGAAGAAAAAAAUGUUCAAUAUGCGUACAUUAUCGAAUGUAAUCUUAUUGAUUAUAAUCAUAUCUAUUGUUUAUGGUUUAGCUAUACCGGAUAAAAAACAACAUCAUCAUAAUUCAAAUUCACGCAUAAUUAAAAAACAAUUAAGUGAUGAAGAACAUUAUCAAGAUAUUGAACAUGAUGAUGGUUUACAUGAACAACAACAUAAUCGAGAUUUUGAUCAUGAAGCAUUUCUUGGUUCAACGGAUGAAGCAGAUGAAUUUGAUCAAUUAUCACCCGAAGAAAGUCGUUCACGUUUAUCAAUAAUUAUUGAUAAAAUUGAUACAAAUCGUGAUGGUAAUGUAACCGAAUUAGAACUGAAAAAUUGGAUACAACAAUCACAAAAACGUUAUAUCUAUGAAGAUGUUGAUCGUCAAUGGCAAGUACAUACUGAUAAUGAUCAAACAAUAAAAAAAUUAAGUUGGGAACGAUUUCGUAAUAAAACAUAUGGAUUUCUUGAUGAAAUUGGUGACAAUCCAAAACGAACAAUCGAUGAUAUGAAAACCUAUCAUGAUAUGUUACGACGUGAUGAACGUCGUUGGUCAAUGGCCGAUAUUGAUGGUGAUAAAACAUUGGAUCGUGAUGAAUUUAUUCUAUUUUUACAUCCAGAAGAAUCGGAAAAAAUGUAUGAUGUUGUUGUUGAUGAAACAUUAGAAGAUGUUGAUCGUGAUGGUGAUGGUAAAAUUUCCGAAUCUGAAUAUAUAUCAGAUAUGUAUUCAGCUGAAGAUAGUUCAUCAUCAUCAUCAUCAAAUAUACCUGAAUGGGUUCAACGUGAACGUGAACAAUUUCAUACAUAUAGAGAUAAAAAUGGUGAUGGUUUUCUUGAUCGUAAUGAAAUUCGUGAAUGGAUUGUACCAGCAAAUUAUGAUCAUGCUGAUGCUGAAGCUAAACAUCUUAUCUAUGAAGCCGAUACAAAUAAAGAUGGUAUACUUAGCCAUGAUGAAAUUCUUGAUAAUUAUGAUGUAUUUGUUGGUAGUCAAGCAACUGAUUUUGGUGAUGCAUUAACUCGGCAUGAUGAAUUUUGAAUGAACCAACAAAAAA